UUCAAUCCAUAAUUGGUGAUUCCACGUGGACGUUUUAGCCAAGUGUAUGUUAGAAAGCUGAGUUGGCAGCCUUAAAUUGUUAAUUGACAAAAGAGAGAGAGAGAGAGAGAGACAUAUAAACAUUCUUGCAUCCUCCCAAGGAAACUCCCCCCCUACCCUCUCCACGCGCCCUUCCCAUAAGCGCGUGAUUUUCAUAAAAUCAAUAAUAAAACCCUUUCUCUUCCUCUUUUCUUCUUUUCAACUAAAAAACAGAGACUCAUUCCUCUGUUCCUUCCCCCCUCCCUUUCUUCUUCCCACCUCCCAACAAUGCACGCCAAAUCCUACUCCGAAGUCACGAGCGUCGACCAAUCCUCACCGGCCCGAUCACCGCGCCGCCCACUCUACUACGUGCAGAGUCCCUCUAACCACGAUGUCGAGAAAAUGUCUUACGGGUCCAGCCCCAUGGGUUCACCUCCCCACCAUUUUUACCACGCUUCUCCAAUCCACCAUUCUCGUGAGUCAUCCACUUCACGAUUCUCUGCUUCCCUUAAGAUCAACCAAAAUCGGAAUGGGAAUGUGUCCGCUUGGAGAAAGCUUCACCAUGCUCAGGAUUCAGAUGGUGAUGAUGAGGAAGACGACGAGGAAGAGGAAAACGAAGAUCGGGAUUCGAAAUGGAAUCGGAAGUUUCGACUCUACUUGAUUUUGUUUUUGUUUUUUAUUCUUCUUUUUACUGUCUUUUCCCUCAUCCUCUGGGGCGCUAGCAAAUCCUUCCAUCCUCAAAUCCUUAUACAGAGUAUGGUGUUCUCGAAGUUUAACGUACAAGCAGGGAGUGAUCCCGGGGGUGUAGCAACGGAUCUGAUGUCAUUAAAUUCAACGGUCAGGAUUAGCUACAAAAAUCCUGCGACGUUCUUCGGUGUCCAUGUCAGCUCCACUCCAAUUCAGCUCCACUAUUUGCAGCUCCAAGUUGCUUCUGGCCAGAUGGAGGAGUUUUACCAAAAGAGACAAAGCUCUCGAAGGGUGGUGACAUCGGUGGCAGGGCAUCAGGUCCCGCUCUAUGGCGGGAUCUCAGCAAUAGGGAAUUGGCGAGACCAACGGCAGGAUGGGGCUGGGGUCGAGGUAUCGCUAAACCUCACAGUGGCUGUGAGGUCUAGAGCUUACAUUCUAGGGAGGUUGGUGAAGUCUACAUUUCAUACAACAAUUACAUGUCCUAUCACUCUUAGCACCAACAAACUUGGAAAAUCUCACUCUUUCAACAAUACUUGCAUUUAUAAUUGAACUUCCCAUUCUCCUAAUUAAUUUUGGAGUUUUUUUCCACAAAUUUUGGGUAAGGUUUCAUGUGAUUUAUAUGUAAUGUAAGUAUUUCAAAUAUUAUGAAUUUUUUGCUGCCUUUUUGAAUAUUUUUUCUUCAUCA